AUGGCUGCGCAGCCAGUCGACGAGGCGCACUACACCCCGUUCUACUGCGAGGAGAACGUCUACCAGCUGCUCGCGACGCUUCAAGGCUCGCCGCGCUUCUCGCGCUCGUUCGCCGUCUUCGUCUCGAACCUGGACCGCCACGCCCUCCUGUUCCAGCAGCAGGCGUCGCAUCAAGGACCAGACCAGGGCCACUACGUCGUGUGGGACUAUCAUGUCGUCGCGGUCGCUAUGGAGCGGGCAGGCGGCGAGCCGCAGCAAGUCGCGCCGGAGCGGGUCGUCGUCCUCGACCGCGACUCGAGAUUGGGUGCGGUGGUACCGAUGCGAGAAUAUGUCGCUCAGACGUUUCGACCGGACCUCUUCCGCGACGGCGUCCUCGAGCCUACUCUGCGCAGCCGAUUUCGCGUCGUGCCCGGCAAGACCUUCCUCGAGUCGUUCGCGAGCGACCGCUCUCACAUGCUCGUACCGCCCUCGACCGCCGCCGACGCCGCUCCCCUCCCCUCGACUCGCAUUCCUCGACCCGAUUCGCCAGCUCGCCCAGCACAGCCGCAGUACCUCAAGCCCGUUCCGCCCUACCCGCCGAUCUGCGGGUCCGCGGCGGCUGCGUGUGGCGAGACGCACAACUUGUGGACGCGCUUCCUCGACAUGCGGUUGCCGGGCGAGCGAGAGCGCGGUGCGAGCCGCGGGUUGGCGGACGACGAGGGCAGGUACGGGAGAGUGCUCGAGGGAGCGAACGAGCUCUUGGCGUACCCGUGGUGA